ACUCAUAUUUUGAAAUUCAACUCUAUUAGACCGCUGUAGUUGUCUUCACACUGUUAUUGGUUGUCAGUUUUCUAAAGUGACGUUUAUCCGUAAAGUUCUUUCCCUGAUGAGCUAAAUUCGCUGUGUAAUUACAGUGUGAAAUGGCUGGAAGAGACAUAAACAGAGAAGAUGCGCUGUCGCGGCUGGACCACAAACACGCCUGUCACAUCCUGCUGUACGCAGAUAGCAAUGCUAAACUCUUCGGCAAAAUCCCUAUUAAACAUAUCGUGCUGAUGCAGAUGCGUUUCGAUGGCUUACUUGGCUUCCCAGGAGGGUUAGUCAAACCCUCAGAGGAGAGUCUGGAGGCAGGGCUGAGCAGAGAGCUACAGGAGGAGUUGGGGGCGGCAGUGCCAGUGACCGCGGACGACUAUGUGUCCUCUCACCUUGCUCAGUCUCCUCCCCGCCUCAUCUUACACUUCUAUAGCAAGAAGAUUACAGAGGCUGAGCUGCUAGAGAUCGAGAGAGCUGCCGUCUCUAAUGCUGUGGAUCAUGGCUUAGAGGUGUUGGGUCUGACUAGAGUACCCCUCUAUACCUUGAGGAACGGUGGUGGUCUUCCUUGGUUCCUGUCUCACUCAUUCAUCAGCAACUCACGAGCCCAGCUGCUGGAGGCACUGCAGCGUUUGGACUUGGUGUCACCUCAGACUCUGAAGGAAGCAGUUAAAAAGGCAGAUGAGAUGAGACACACGGUUAAAUCUGAUCCACACUGACAUUAUCUCUGUGAACCUGCUGUCAUCAAAAUGAGCAGAACAGCCGUACUGUUCCAGACUUCUGCUUCCUCUCUAUGGAUCCUUCUUUUGUCUUUAUGCCAUUUUACAUACUAAACGACCAGAAUCUGUUCUGAUCACACAUUUGGUCAUGUAUGAAGAAGAAUUAGAGCUUAUUAAUCUAUGCACAUGCUAAUGUGAAAUGCAUGAACAUGUGAACUGUGUAUAUAUAGUAUAUGAUUUGUAAACCAUUGUGGGCCCUCUGCUCACCUGGUUCUUGAAUGGAAUGAAGUGACCUGCAGUAAAGGCUUUAAUCUGAGAAUUUUGGUUUAUUUUAAGGGAAUAAGCUUUUGGCUUGAGUCCAUAUAAGUGAUCAUAAAUAAUACUGUACAGCUGGUCUUUUUGUCAUUUCACAUCUGGAAUGUUAAUGUAACAGUUUCAAGUGUGAACACAGAAAUAAAUUGAUGCUUAUGUAAUUCAUGUAUUUAUUUUCUGCUAAUCUGCAGACCAGGCCAGAAAAGAUUUAUUGAUGCUUCAUUGUUGAAACAUGUUAAGAUUCUGAAACUAAAAAAUAAGUCCGAACAUGCUCUGUAAGAGGUAUUCAAAUAAUUCUCCAACAAAACAGUUAUCUCUAAGAUGGAUUUCUUUUCUAAAAAGAAAGAAUUGAUCCAACAGAAUGAAAAAUUAAAAGAAUAUGAAAUUAACAAAUGUUCCUUUUGGUCUGUAUACAGAGUGAGGUCCUGCCUGUCUUUAUCAUCAUAUAAUAUUCAUAAUAAAAGGACACUGUUGGGGGAAA